CUGGCCAGCGCGCGGGGACUGGACUUGGUCGGGGACUGGAUGUUCCUGCGAACAAGGGAGGCCAGCAGGAGAGCAGAGAGGACCCGGCUGGUUUCUCGCCUCGCCUCGCCGCCGCUGCGUGUCGGGGGAGAUAGACAAGCCCGGGAAAAACGGCCCUGAGAAAGUGGGGACGGUGGCCGCUUCGCGCUCUUGGUCACUUCUCCGGGCUUCCAGGUGCUGGACCCGGGGCCGACUGGCAACCCCGCCGCCCUCUGUGCGCGGGCCCGGGACACACUGGCUCCCCAACUCCGGUCCACCACACAUCCCUGCCGGGAAGCUGAGCUAAGGGAGAAGGAAAAAGUGAAGUCUGAUGGGGAAGAGCGGCGUCUAGUUUCUCCAACGUCGUGUAGGGCAAUCGGGAGAUUAAAGCUGUGGGACACGGUGAACCCCGAAGGGACCCAGGAUUUCUCUCCAGUCGGAGACCCUUGCGCCCUCGGUGGGGUCUACCCCUCUGCGUGCAUGUGUGCGCCAGCGGCGGCGCAGAGUGCGGGGUUCUGCGCCUGGAGUCUCUCCUGGGACCUGAGUGAAUGGCCUCCAGGGACCUUGCGGAGCCUCCGCCUCCGCCACCUCGACAGGCCUGGCUCAGGCCUGGAAAGAUGGUAGCUCUGGGUGGUCUGGCAGGCUUCUGGGUCCUCAGUCUGCUCGCCUAUGGUUACCUGUGCAGGGGUCAAGGUUUAGUGGAGGAGGAGGAAGGGACCCUGAGAGCCCAAGCUGGAGAGAAACCCGAGCCCAGCAUAGCCUCAACCUCCCAGCCCCAUCUCAUUUUCAUCCUAGCGGAUGAUCAGGGAUUCAGAGAUGUGGGCUACCAUGGAUCUGAGAUAAAGACACCCACUCUUGACAAGCUCGCUGCAGAAGGAGUUAAACUGGAGAACUAUUAUGUGCAGCCCAUUUGCACACCGUCCAGGAGUCAGUUUAUUACUGGAAAGUAUCAGAUACACACAGGACUUCAGCAUUCUAUCAUCAGACCUACUCAGCCCAACUGUUUACCUCUUGACAAUGCAACCCUACCUCAAAAGCUGAAGGAGGUUGGCUAUUCAACGCACAUGGUUGGAAAAUGGCACUUGGGCUUUUACAGAAAAGAAUGCAUGCCCACCAAAAGAGGAUUUGAUACCUUUUUUGGCUCCCUUUUGGGAAGUGGUGAUUACUAUACACACUACAAAUGUGACAGUCCUGGGAUGUGUGGCUAUGACUUGUAUGAAAACGACAAUGCUGCUUGGGACUAUGAUAAUGGCAUCUACUCAACACAGAUGUAUACUCAGAGAGUACAGCAAAUCCUAGCUUCCCAUAACCCCACAAAGCCUAUAUUUUUAUAUAUCGCUUACCAAGCUGUUCACUCACCCCUGCAAGCCCCUGGCAGGUAUUUUGAACACUACCGAUCCAUUAUCAAUAUAAACAGGCGAAGGUAUGCUGCCAUGCUCUCCUGCUUAGAUGAAGCCAUCAGCAAUGUGACUCUGGCUCUAAAGACCUAUGGUUUCUAUAACAACAGCAUUAUCAUUUACUCCUCAGAUAAUGGUGGGCAGCCCACAGCUGGAGGCAGUAACUGGCCUCUCAGAGGUAGCAAAGGAACAUAUUGGGAAGGGGGAAUCCGAGCAGUUGGCUUUGUGCAUAGCCCACUUCUAAAAAACAAGGGAACAGUAUGUAAGGAACUUGUGCACAUCACCGACUGGUACCCCACCUUGAUUUCUUUGGCUGAAGGACAGAUCGAUGAAGACAUUCAGCUAGAUGGUUAUGACAUCUGGGAGACCAUAAGUGAAGGUCUGCGUUCACCUCGAGUGGAUAUUUUGCACAACAUUGACCCCAUUUACACGAAAGCCAAAAACGGCUCCUGGGCAGCGGGUUAUGGCAUCUGGAACACGGCGAUCCAGUCGGCCAUCCGGGUGCAGCACUGGAAGCUGCUCACGGGAAACCCGGGCUACAGUGACUGGGUUCCGCCUCAGUCGUUCAGCAACCUGGGGCCAAACCGGUGGCACAAUGAGCGCAUCACCUUGUCAACUGGCAAAAGUAUUUGGCUUUUCAACAUCACGGCUGACCCAUACGAGAGGGUGGACCUGUCCGGCAGGUAUCCAGGAAUUGUGAAGAAGCUCCUAAGGAGGCUGUCUCAGUUCAACAAGACUGCGGUGCCGGUCAGGUACCCGCCCAAGGACCCCAGAAGUAACCCUCGGCUCAACGGAGGCGUCUGGGGACCAUGGUAUAAAGAGGAAAGUAAGAAAAAGAAGGCCAACAAAAAUAAGGCUGAGAAAAAGAAAAAGAAGAAAAAGAAGGCAAAGAAGAAACAGCUGAAAGGGUGCUCAUCAGCAAAUUGCCUCUCAGAUGUUACCAGGCGCUAAAUUCUUGUCUUUCUGGAUUGGUUAAAUCAGUUUUUCAUCUUCCCCUGUCCUCUAAGUAAGCAAGAAAAUUUGGCUCAGAAAUAAGCAUUGUCCUAAGACUUCAGGCUCGCUUUCACAUUGUGUCAGAGUCUUCUGCCACCUGGCCACACCAUGGAAAACUGUCUGUCUGGUCCAAAGGUGCUACUUCUUUCCGCAGGCCACGCUGAGAGGAGAUAAUGGUGUUGAUCCCUCAUAAAAGGCUAGUCAUGAGCCAACUGCUGUGCUGCAGUCAGCCCACGAAACAUGAACAGAAUGCUAAUCACAUGGAGACCGCAGGGUAACCUUAAAGACCUGGAAAAAUAUAUUUUCUAACUGAUUUUUUUUUUAUCUCGAUCAUAUGAAACAUAGGCUUCUAACUUAAUUCCAUUUCCUGUGUCAUUUCCUCCUCUGUGAAAACGAGCUGUUACUUUCACAUGUGAACAGCUUGCACCUCUUUUCAUCAUGCAUGAGGGAAUGGCAUAUAAGAAUGCUUGAGCGUGCUGCCAAAAAUGAAUGUAACUGUUUUCUAAACACUUCAAUAGAAUAAUAUUUCAAUGUAAAGUGCCUAAUUUAUUUUUUACAGAAAAAAAAAAUAGUAUUUCAUUUCAUGAAAAACAUGCAAAUGACUUUAAUUAUUUUAUUUUUAUUUUUUCACAAGAACUUUUCUUAUUCAAGGUAACCAAGCACUGUAAUGCCUUAAAUUACUGUAAUGCUAUGAAGAUUCAUAAGAUUUUUUAAUUACUCAGUAAAAUCAUUGUUGUUCAACCGUUAUUUCUU